AUGUCCGUGAUACUAGCGUCUGCUGGGUAUGAUCAUACUAUCAGAUUCUGGGAUGCCCUCACUGGUGUAUGCUCAAGAACUAUUCAACACACUGACUCCCAGGUCAAUCGAUUGGAGAUAACCUCCGAUAAGCGAUAUCUUGCAGCGGCAGGCAACUUGUACGUCAGGUUAUACGACAUACGGCAAGGUGGAGCUACGGGAAAUGCAUCGGUCCAGAACAAUAAUGCUGGCUCUUCCAACAACAACCCCAACAACAAUCCCGUAACGACGUUUGAAGGGCACAGUACUAAUGUCACCUCACUAGCAUUCCAAGCGGAUAACAAAUGGAUGGUGACUUCGAGUGAAGACGGCACUGUCAAAGUGUGGGAUGUGAGAUCACCAUCAGUUCAACGAAAUUAUAAACACAACUGCCCCGUGAAUGAAGUUGUCAUACACCCGAACCAAGGAGAACUAAUCAGUUGUGAUCAGGAUGGUAAUAUAAGAGUAUGGGACCUCGGCGAAAAUCAGUGCACGCAUCACUUGAUUCCUGAGGACGAUGUGCCGAUUAAUUCACUAAGUGUAGCCAGUGAUGGAUCUAUGCUUGUUGCGGGAAACAACAAGGGGAAUUGCUAUGUCUGGAAAAUGCUGAAUCAAACGGAUUUAACGUCGUUAACACCAGUGACUAAAUUUAGAUCACAUCUGAAGUAUAUAACUCGAGUGUUGUUAAGUACGGAUAUGAAACAUUUGGCCACUUGUUCUGCUGAUCAUACAGCGAGAAUAUGGUCUACAGAACAGAAUUUCGCUUUGGAGACGACAUUGCAGGGACAUCAGAGAUGGGUAUGGGAUUGUGCAUUUAGUGCUGAUAGUGCGUAUCUAGUUACUGCGUGCUCUGAUCAUUACGUGAGGUUGUGGGAUUUGUCCAACAGUGAGACUGUAAGACAGUACAAUGGACAUCACAAGGGAGCUGUAUGUGUAGCAUUAAAUGAUGUAUAG